AUGACGAUGAGGAAUUACGACUUCUGCGGGAGCCAGGAGAACGCCUACAAUCCACUGCUCUCAGCACUUUCCGUGGCUCGAACUGCAGGCCCCGUGCGUGUUACUGGGCAGGUGCCUGUCGUCCAUCACGGUGCGUUCCAGCGCUCGACAGCCGCCUGCGCACGCGCCUCUGAGAAGUUGCUCGACAAGAGGCUUGCUAAAGACCUCACCGGCCGCGGGCGUGCCGCUGGAGAAACCCCCUGUGGAUGGUGCCAGACGCCUGGGGGCAAAGACAGACUGGUGGAGCGCGUCACGGUACCGCCUGCGCCUGGGCAUCAACGCCCUGUGACAGAGCGAGGCGCGGUUGAUGCGCUUUCUCUCAGUGCGGGAGAUGCUGCCUCUUCGACUCCAGAUCAGAGUACAGGUGUGAAUCCUUGCAAGAAGCGAACCUGCGCGGGGCGAAGAAGGCGAGCGCAACACGGAAACUCCGACGUGGUCAACAAGAGCUCGACAACACGCGCGAAACGCUCUACAUCCGGGCCAAAGCCCGACAGAACCUCUAAUGAAUUGAAUGCAGUUGAAAAGGUAGAGGCAGCAUUUGCCGACGUUGCGGAGUUUGUUCGAAGCUGCACUGACCUACGCUUCUUCGAUUCGCGGCCAGAUGCACGAGACCUUGGCGCUGAACGCAUUCGUCCAGAUGGCGACGCUUUUUGGAGUGACGAAGUGCGGAAAACAGAUACCCCUCCGGGGCACACUGGGAGGUCAGAAGAUGAGGCUGUUAGUGCGCGGGUCGCAGGCGGGCGACUGUGCCAAUCUGGGAGACCACACACGCAGUCUGGCGAGCUUGCGGGGGGCUUGCCUCAGCCAGUGCAGCAGGCGGUGUCGAAGUUCAAGAAUGCGGCGCGGGGUCUGCUUGGGCUUCAGACGAGGCGACAAGGUGAGGAAGAGAAGCAAAAUGGUUCUGCCGAAGCAAAUGCAGGAGCAGAUCUGCCAGGUGCAGGGGGUGAUGCUGCGGCGACCACUGGAGGACGAAAUACAGGCAAAAGCUGUGUGUGGUUCGACACCACCAAGUACAGGCUGAUGGUGGACCGGCAGGAGCUGAUGAAGGAGCUUGGCGAAUCAUCGAAAGGCAGUUGGACACUGCGAUUCCUGGGCACUGGAGCCAUGCAAGCAUCUGUGACACGCAACACGUCAGCUAUCCUGUUCAACAGAGGGGACGGCGUGUCCUGGCUGUUUGACUGUGGCGGUGGUGCGUCGGCAGCAGUCAUUCCGCCCAUGCCUUCCUCUGCGCUUCGGUCGCGGCUCUCACCCAUGCUGGAAAGGUUGGCUAGCAUUUCGUCGGUGCGUCAAGACCUUCCUGACUUGCAUUCCGACGACGGAGGCGUGCUGACUCUGGGUCCCGCAAAGUGUCUGAACUCCAAGAUGCGCCGACUGCGAGAGCUUGCGCUCCAGCGAAAACAUGCCGCUGUGGAGCGACUGCUUGUGCAGCCUUCAUACGCGGCGGCACUAUCCAUAGCAGCAGCUGCAGUGGCUGACAGAGGCUCUGGCGAGCAAGUGGAUGCUGCUGACUGGCAGGCUGGAGGCGGUCGGGGAAUGCCUACGUCCGCUACCCCUCAAACCGCGAGAAAGAAGCGAGUCAGUCGCAUCGGCAAGAUCUUUGUCACACAUUUGCACGGCGACCACUGUCUCGGCAUACCAUCGCUUCUUUCCCAAGUAGCUGCAGGAGCUAUGAUGCAACGUGAAUCUGCUGAAGGAGACUCCAAGGUUUCGGUUCGCCGCAAGCGCGGGAGAGAGUCCGACGACACAGCGACCGAGCAAGAAAAAAACGCUUCAGGUCCCCCUGAGGGCUACGGGCCUGCCGCAACGAUGAAUAAGGCUCCCUGCGGGAGUCAACCAGAGGGAAGGACAGCCGGGGACAGUUUCGAGGGGAUAGCCUCCCAACACGGCAGCACAGCACACAGUGUUGGCGGUGACGACAUGCCCGUAGUGGAAAUUUUUGGUCCGGAGGGCCUCCGCAACCUGUUGCGCGCAAUCUUCCUGGGAACUCACGUGAGGAGGUGUGCGCCAUACCGGGUUCACGAGCUCAAGGGCGUGCCCUGCCUUCACCAUGGACGUCGAUGUGCUCACGCGGUGCUUCCCACACUUCCUAAAGUCUCUUUCGAAGCAGAGGGAGGAGCUGAUUUGUGGCCAGCUGCAGAUGGCUCCUACGACGUGUUCACUGACUCAGACAUCAGGGUGCUGGCUAUCCCAAUUCGGCAUAACGUGCCUACUGUUGGCUACGUUGUUGAAGAACUCGGGAAGACACGCCGACACCUCAAUGCCGAUGCACUUCAGCCCAUUGUGCAAAGAAACCUUGACGCGCUAGCUGGCUGGCCAGCCCUAAAGGGCCAGCCGAAGGCGGUUUACCAGUUACUCUCCGCGCUUGAACCAGGAGACUCACUCACAUUUCCAGAUGGCACUCGUGUAAACUACGACGAUGCCUUCGAAAAGGAAGCGCAGCACCUCCGCAAGUUUUGCAUCUGCGUGGACACAUGCGACGCUUCGCCUAUUUUACCCUUUGCAAAAGGCUGUGACCUGAUGGUCCACGAGAGCACGCUAAGCGAGGCGGGGCUUACGUCAGAUUUUGGGCUACGUGCGGACGAGAAAUACGAUGCCACUGAUGAUCUUCCUCCUCCCGAUGAAGAUACAUGCAGGACGCGACGCCUCGCACAGCAGAGCAAAACAGAGAUCAACGGUAGCGAAGGUGUUGGAGGGAAUAUCGACAAGAGGGGCCUUGCUAAAAGCAGAGCGGCUGUCAGGACAGGUACUAAGUACAUACCCGACCCGUAUUUCGACGCUAUAGUGAAUUUCUGCAUCACAAUUUCUCGUGUAGCGACAGAAAAAACUGCAGGGAAAGUCGACGGCAGUUCCGAGGAACGCCGUGCCUCUCCAGAUAGCACAACCGGAGCACAACCAUACGUCAGUACGCAGUUCGAUCACUGGAACAGAGCUGACACAUUGGCCUUGCAGGUUCCGGUGUGCAAUUAA